ACACAAGGUCACAGCUGUGGCCCUGGGCAGUUUCCCAGCAGGUGAGCAGGCCAGACUAUCUCUGAGACUCGGGGAGCCGCUGACCAUCAUCUCUGAGGAUGGAGAUUGGUGGACAGUCCAGUCGGAAGUCUCAGGCAGGGAGUACCACAUGCCCAGUGUGUAUGUGGCCAAAGUCGCCCAUGGGUGGCUGUACGAGGGCCUGAGCCGGGAGAAAGCUGAGGAACUACUCCUGUUACCUGGGAACCCUGGAGGGGCCUUCCUCAUCCGGGAGAGCCAGACCAGGAGAGGCUGCUAUUCCCUGUCCGUCCGACUCAGCCGCCCUGCAUCUUGGGACCGGAUCAGACACUACAGGAUACAGCGUCUUGACAAUGGCUGGCUGUACAUCUCACCUCGCCUCACCUUCCCCUCACUCCAUGCCCUGGUGGAGCAUUACUCUGAGCUAGCAGAUGGCAUCUGCUGUCCCCUCAGGGAGCCGUGUGUCCUGCAGAAGCUUGGGCCACUACCUGGCAAAGAUACACCUCCACCUGUGACUGUGCCAACAUCAUCACUAAAUUGGAAAAAGCUGGACCGCAGCCUCCUGUUUCUGGAAGCACCUGCGAGUGGGGAGGCAUCUCUGCUCAGCGAGGGGCUCCGAGAGUCCCUCAGUUCCUACAUCAGCCUGGCUGAGGACCCCCUGGAUGAUGCUUAGCCCUGGAGCACAAAGAGAAAGAGAACCAAGACUGUGGCACCGAGAGCUCCAACUCGGCUGACCCUGACAAAGCUCCAGGAGGCAAGGCUGGGGUGGGGCAGAGACACUCCGGGCCUCACCUGGGCUUUCGGAUAAGUCAUGUAUCUCCUAAGGCCUCACCCCUGCCUACCACUUCUAGUCCAUGUGCAGUGCAGUUCAAAGCAGGGCUGGGCCUCUACAGAGAAUAAAAUACUUCUGAGGUCUGAUAAGUCACUUCCUGAGAGUAAUGUCCAUACAGCAGCUACUCAGC